AUGUUUUAUUUCCACUGUCCGCCACAGCUAGAGGGCACUGCACCCUUUGGCAACCAUUCUACAGGAGAUUUCGACGAUGGGUUUCUGCGCAGAAAACAGCGCCGGAACCGGACGACGUUCACUCUUCAGCAGCUGGAAGCUCUGGAGGCAGUUUUUGCCCAAACGCACUAUCCUGAUGUCUUCACCAGAGAAGAGCUUGCCAUGAAAAUAAACCUCACAGAAGCCAGAGUGCAGGUUUGGUUCCAGAACAGAAGGGCCAAGUGGAGGAAAACAGAGAGAGGGGCCUCUGACCAGGAGCCAGGAGCCAAGGAGCCCAUGGCAGAGGUGACUCCACCACCUGUGAGAAACAUCAACUCCCCACCCCCUGGGGACCAGACACGAAGCAAGAAGGAGGCCCUGGAGACCCAGCAGAGCCUGGGGCGACCUGUGGGUCCCACAGCACCUUUCUUCCCAUCCUGCUUGCCGGGGACCCUUCUGAAUACGGCCACAUAUGCCCAGGCCCUGUCACACGUUGCCUCCCUGAAAGGGGGCCCGCUGUGCUCUUGCUGUGUCCCAGACCCUAUGGGGCUGUCCUUUCUCCCCACCUACGGCUGUCAGAGUAAUCGCACGGCCAGUGUGGCCGCCCUGCGCAUGAAGGCUCGUGAGCACUCGGAGGCCGUCCUGCAGUCGGCCAACCUCCUGCCCAGCAGCAGCAGCCCCAGCCCUGUGGCCAAGCCUGCACCUCCUGAUGGCAGCCAUGGCAAGACCUCCCCAACCAAGGAACAGAGCGACGGGGAGAAGAGUGUAUGAGGGUCCAGCGUGCGCAAGCCCGGUGUGCCCUCCCCACCCCUGCUUCUCCCAGCCUCAGCCCCUGUGGAAAACUCUCCAAAGAGCAAGGAGAGCCUGCUGCCCCAGGGCCUCAUCGCAGACUCUGGAGGGGAAGUGAGACACACAGCUCCCUGGCGUCGGCGGAGGGCCUCUGGAGUCCCGCCAGCAGGGCUGUGCUGUCUAGGCUUCUUCGGCGACAGGCACUCAUCGGCACCAGAGCCCACCCUGUGGGGAGGCCCUGGAGUUUUCAUCUCGGCCCAGAGUCUUGGAGGGAAGUGGAGUUGCUGACCCCAUCAUCUUCCUGCCCUAUCCUGGACUGCCCUCGAACGUCUUGUCAACCCAAAGAACUAUGGCAUGGUCAUGCUUGAGAGUCAGCUGGGGCUGAGUCUCAUGCUAGGAAAUGGGACUGUCCCAGCUACAUUAAGAAUCAGGAGACUGGUGCAACCCAGAGCAGCUCUUGUUCCCUCCACCAGGACUGGCGGUGACACCCCCGCUGCUCUCCUGUUGGAGGACCUUGGUUGCAGGCUGGUUAGGUCAGAAGGUGAGAAGACAUAGGGUGGGGAGGAGCUGCCAGGACACAGCCUGACAUGGGGCACAUGGUGGCAUUUCUGGCCAGGGAGGCAUGCCAA